AGCGUCUGUGAUCGAACAGGACUUCAAAGUCAAAUUGCCCAAAACUCGCGGUAACUCUCCGAGGAUGAAGAUGACAGCCUCAUCGUUGCUGCCGCUGUUGGUUCCGCUCCUCCUGGUAGUGAUGCAGUCCGGAGCCGGCCUGGGCGCGCGGAGGUUCCGCGGCGGCCGCAACCCGCAACCGCGACGCGCGCCGCCGCCUCCCACAUACCGGGCGGCGAGCGGCAACCGGGGUGACGCCACCGAGAGCUUCCCACUGGAUUUCACCGCCGUGGAGGAGAACAUGGAUAACUUCAUGACGCAGGUGAAGAACCUGGCGCAGUCGCUGUACCCGUGCUCGGCGCAGAAGCUCGACCACGACAUGAGGCUGCACUUUCUGGAGAACGCCUCGGUCACCUGCAACGACGGGAGCCACGCCGGGUAUUACCUGAAAGAAUCCAGAGGAAGCAGACGCUGGUUGAUAUUCCUGGAAGGCGGCUGGUACUGCUUCAACAAAGAGAACUGCGACAGCCGAUACGAGACCAUGAGGAGGCUGAUGAGCUCGUCCAAGUGGCCUCAAACAAAAACAGGCACUGGGAUUCUGUCUCCGCUGCCGGAGGAAAACCCUCACUGGUGGAAUGCCAACAUGGUGUACGUCCCGUACUGUUCCAGUGAUGCUUGGAGCGGCGCCACCGCCAAAACAGAGCACAAUGGCUAUGCAUUUAUGGGCUCGCUGAUCAUUCAAGAGGUUGCGAAAGCCUUGCUUAAAAAGGGUCUGGACAACGCCAAGGUUCUGCUGCUGGCUGGGAGCAGUGCUGGUGGGACGGGGGUGCUGCUGAAUGUGGACCGUGUGUCAGAGCUGCUGGAGGGUCUGGGACACACUGGGAUACAAGUGCGCGGCCUGGCGGACUCCGGUUGGUUCCUGGACAACAAGCAAUAUGAUUUUACAGACUGCUUGGACGCGGUCAGCUGUGCCCCCACCGAGACCAUCAAGAGAGGCAUCAAGUACUGGGGAGGAGUGGUACCAGAGAAAUGCAAACAAGCCCAUGAAGGAGAGGAGUGGAAUUGUUUCUUUGGCUACCGAGUCUUCCCCUCCAUAAAAAGCCCAGUCUUUGUCGUCCAGUGGCUGUUCGACGAGGCCCAGUUGACAGUGGACAAUAUUCAGUUGACAGGCCAGCCAGUGCAGGAAGGCCAGUGGCGUUACAUCCAAAAUCUGGGCAUUGAGCUAAGGAACACCCUAAAAGAUGUACCGGCUAUGUUCGCCCCAGCAUGCCUCUCUCAUGAAGUCAUCACAAGAAACUACUGGACGGACGUGCAGGUCAAAGGUACUUCCUUGCCCCGGGCACUGCACUGCUGGGACCGCAGUCUCAACGACAACAGGAACAACAAAGCCCCGCCCAAAGGCUGCCCCGUGCAUUUGAUCGACAGCUGCCCGUGGCCGCACUGCAACCCCACCUGCCCCACCAUCCGAGACCAGUUUACGGGCCAAGAGAUGAACGUCAUCCAGUUCCUCAUGCACAUGGGCUUCGACGUGCAGAAGAUGGCUCAGCAGCAGGGAAUGGACCCCAGCAAGCUACUGGGCAUGCUUAGCAGUGGCAGCUAAGGGGACUCGUACAAACAAACAAACCAAAAAAAAAACCACACUUAACAGUAUCUUCAAGCUAAAGCCCAAGUAGGGUUGUGGCUGGUCUCUCUGGCCAGUGUCAAUACCUGAUACCUCCAACCAAUCUCUCCACGUUACUCUCCCCCCUUGUGACACCCUGCUUAAUGUUGCACCUCAAAACAAAAAACAAAACAAAAAACAACAACAACAAAACGCUCACCGUAUUUCCGCAUAUAGUGGCGGGGGAGGUUUAUUUACUCAAACGCUAUUAUGCAUUUAUUUGUACAAAUGCAUUUUUGGAAUAAUAUUAAACCAUAUUAUUUGUAUAUUGCGCUUAAAAACAAAAGGACUAUUAUCGAGAAAUGCAGCGAAAGGCAAAUAACCAAGGCAGGAGGUAAUAAGUCGAGUAGCUCCCCAGAUGGACGCACAUAAUAUUGUGGAGCAACCACAUGUCAGAGUUUCCUGGAGUCAACUGCUAAUCAAUGUCUCCAGAUAACGGAAGAUAAUCAUUAAUACUGCGCGGGGGAACUCAUUUAAAUGUGAUAAUGUUCUCUGUGCUUCAGUGCUGCUAUUUUGGUGAACUCCUGCAUUAGUUGAGUUUAAAGCAUUUAUGAACUGGGAAUCUUCACUGGCGUCUUAUUGGACUUUAUUUGAGGUGGAUAAUGCCAUCUAAGUGGGGUGAGGCGUCAAUUACAGGGAUGGCCACUAGUUGAGGAAAUACAGUAUACUUACUUGUCCCAUAGUCCCUCCCGAACGACUCACUACUGCUCACAACUGAUGGGGGCCACAUGCUGUAAAGACAACUACUCAAAACUGGUAAUCCAGUCACUGAUGGUUUGUUUCACAUCAGCAGCCUUCCUCAUAGAUUGAAUUGAAAUCGAAGCUCUGCUAGUUAGUGGACCCGGAGGCGUUUUACAGUCAUUAUGUUGAGCCGCAUACACACACACACACACACACACACACACACACACACACACACCAUAGUGCCAUUGAAUCUAAAGUGGACCUCUUGCAAGUGGAUCAUUCAAGAUCCAAAGAACAUACUGUAAAUUAGGCUCCUCGCUAGUUUUCCCAAUCCUCAGAUCAAUGCAAUGAGCAUCUAAAAGGAGACAAAUAUUGUCUAUUGUAUAUGUUUAGAGUAUUUGUAUAGGUUCUUUCAAGUGUUCACAAUGUCAACUCCAUGCUUAUAUUUCAUAUUCGAGAUCACCUUUUAAUCUAAUGGCAAUGCUGUAUGGACUGGUGUCUUUCUAAGGACCUCUUUCCUCACACCAACCACAGAAGGAACUGUAUUACUAAUUGUAAUUUUAUUCUGUAACAUAUUUUUAACAGGAGAAACUCGAACUACAUCGGUUAUUUACAUAUUUAUUUUGUUAUGUAAAUCAUAUUUAUAAGUGCUGUUUUUUUCGCAGAGAAGUGAUUCUUUGAAAAAUUGUAAAUACAUGGAUGUUUUUUUUCCCUCUUUGUGUUGACUGCAUGUCUUUGUAUCAGACCUGAAAGAAAAGACACAUU